AUGUUCUCUCUCCAAUCCCCACCGCGUCACCCUCCCGCUAUCCGAGCUCCUCCACCGCCCCUCCCCCCCCCCCCCCCCCCGCGCUCCUCCACCUUCCCCGUCCUCCUCCAGCGCCUCCUCGCCAUACCGGUGGCGCGCAGACCAGCAGCCCAUCUCCCUGCUUUUCCGCCGGCCACAAAGACCGGUAACCCCACGUCCCUUUUUCCGCCGGCGGUCAGCAGUACCCUCGGGACUGGAGGACUGGGCGUGGCUUCGACGCUGCCUCCCACGUCUUUGCCGACCUCAUCAGUCACCGGCGUCCUGAGCGGGGUAUCUCCUGCCAUCGUUGGCGCUUCCGUCCUCACCGGCAGUCGAGGCCUGAGCCAGGUUUUCCUCGAUGUCUUGGCCGUCGCCGAUGUGCUCCCAUCGCCGUCCUGGAUACGCCUGCUCUCCCUUCCCUCGGUGCGCGACCAGGCACGACUGACUGCGGGGAACUCCGACCCGUGCAUGUUACUGCAGCGCCUCCUACUUUCUCUCUCUCACCAGGUUGAUGCGUGCCAACUAUUUGAUGCAUAUCCGAUGGGCCAUCACCACCACCGGGCUGCUCCUUUAUCAACGUCAUUAGGGACAGGCACAGAAGCUGUUGUAUCGCGUGGACGGAGAGAUGCGAGAUUGAUGUGGCCGCAGUGGUUACGGUCGCCUCUCCAAUGCGACUAGCCUUGGUGCACGCGGCUAGACACAUACAUCAUGGAUUAAAUGAGUCCCAGGUUGUUGGGCUCCGGACUCCAGCGCUGAAAUCAAAUCACAGCUUGGUUUGAUUUAGGACAAAAUGAUUUUUAUGCAGCCAUGGCCUGUUCACUCCUCAUGGAGAGGAGCUUCUGUUAGAAUUUUUGGGUACAUAUAUCAUAUGGUACUGCUAGCGAGUCCAAUCACUUUUCA